CUGCGGUUCUGCGCUUGUCAUCAUGGCGACGCGGGGCCAUGUGCAGGACCCUAACGACAGGCGCCUCCGGCCCAUUUACGAUUAUCUUGAUAAUGGUAAUAAUAAAAUGGCAAUUCAGCAAGCAGAUAAACUGUUGAAGAAACAUAAAGAUCUUCAUUGUGCUAAGGUUUUAAAGGCGAUUGGCUUGCAGAGAACUGGAAAACAAGAGGAAGCCUUCACUUUGGCACAGGAAGUGGCAGCCCUUGAACCUACAGACGACAACUCACUGCAGGCUCUGACUAUUCUUUACCGAGAGAUGCACCGACCGGAGUUAGUUACAAAACUUUAUGAGGCAGCUGUGAAGAAAGUUCCCAAUAGUGAGGAGUAUCACUCUCACCUCUUCAUGGCCUAUGCCAGAGUGGGUGAAUACAAGAAAAUGCAACAGGCUGGCAUGGCUCUAUAUAAGAUUGUCCCCAAAAACCCUUACUACUUUUGGUCUGUGAUGAGCUUAAUUAUGCAAUCUAUAUCAGCACAGGAUGAAAACCUCUCAAAAACAAUGUUUCUGCCUCUUGCUGAGAGAAUGGUAGAAAAAAUGGUGAAAGAGGACAAGAUAGAAGCCGAGGCUGAAGUUGAACUGUAUUAUAUGAUCCUGGAACGAUUGGGAAAGUACCAGGAAGCCUUGGAUGUCAUUAGAGGGAAAUUAGGAGAGAAAUUAACAAGUGAGAUUCAGAGUCGGGAAAAUAAAUGCAUGGCUAUGUACAAGAAGCUGAGCAGGUGGCCAGAGUGUAAUGCCCUUUCCCGGCGCCUCUUACUGAAAAACUCAGAUGACUGGCAGUUCUAUCUGACUUAUUUCGACUCUGUCUUUCGACUGAUUGAAGAGGCCUGGACCCCCCCUGCUGAAGGUGAACACUCCUUAGAAGGAGAAGUACAUUAUUCCACAGAAGAAGCUGUGAAGUUUAUAGAAGAUAGGAUAAUGGAAGAAUCUAAAAGUUCUCGCCAUCUCCGAGGACCACAUCUAGCUAAACUGGAAUUGAUUAGGCGUUUACGAAAUCAAGGGUGUAAUGAUGAGUACAAACUAGGUGACCCAGAAGAAUUAAUGUUCCAGUAUUUCAAGAAGUUUGGAGAUAAACCGUGUUGUUUUACUGACCUUAAGGUGUUUGUUGACCUCUUGCCUGCUACACAGUGUACAAAAUUUAUUAAUCAGUUACUUGGAGUUGUUCCUUUAUCGACACCAACAGAGGAUAAGCUGGCGCUGCCUGCAGACAUCCGGGCUCUGCAGCAGCAUUUGUGCGUGGUGCAGCUGACAAGAUUACUUGGCUUGUACCACACUAUGGAUAAAAGCCAGAAAUUGAAUGUGGUCAGAGAACUGAUGUUAAGGUACCAGCACGGAUUGGAGUUUGGGAAGUCCUGUUUGAAAACAGAAUUGCAGUUUUCUGACUAUUACUGUCUACUUGCUGUCCAUGUGCUUAUUGAUAUAUGGAGAGAAUCAGGUGAUGAGACCGCUGUGUGGCAGGCUCUGACUUUGCUGGAAGAAGGACUAACCCAUAGCCCUUCCAACGCUCAAUUCAAAUUGCUGCUUGUUCGAAUCUACUGUAUGCUGGGUGCAUUUGAACCAGUGGUGGAUCUUUACUCCAGCCUUGAUGCUAAGCAUAUCCAACAUGACACCAUUGGUUACCUUUUGACCCGAUACGCCGAAUCUCUAGGUCAGUAUGCUGCUGCAUCCCAGUCCUGUAACUUCGCACUCAGGUUUUUCCACUCCAACCAGAAAGAUACCUCAGAAUACAUUAUUCAAGCUUACAAAUAUGGUGCAUUUGAGAAGAUCCCAGAGUUUAUCGCUUUUAGGAACAGGCUGAAUAAUUCUCUUCAUUUUGCACAAGUCCGUACUGAACGGAUGCUAUUAGACCUUCUACUUGAAGCAAAUAUAUCCACUAGCUUAGCAGAGAGUAUAAAGUCAAUGAAUCUUAGACCAGAAGAAGACGACAUUCCGUGGGAAGAUUUGCGAGACAACAGAGACUUAAAUGUUUUCUUCAGUUGGGAUCCAAAAGACAGGGAUGUUUCUGAAGAACACAAGAAACUUUCCUUGGAGGAGGAGACCAUGUGGUUAAAAAUCCGUUCCUUAACACUGAGGCUGAUCAGUGGACUUCCGAGUCUUAGCCACCCUGUGGAUGCAAGGAACUCGGAGAAGACUGCAGAAAAUGGUGUUUCCUCUCGGAUUGAUAUUCUCCGCUUACUACUUCAGCAGCUAGAGGUGGCCUUGGAGACAGGAAAGCGAUUUAUAGAGAAGGAAAUUCAGUAUCCUUUCCUGGGUCCUGUCCCUACCAGAAUGGGUGGCUUCUUUAAUUCUGGCUGUUCUCAGUGCCAGAUAAGCUCUUUUUAUCUUGUUAAUGAUAUUUAUGAGCUGGAUACCAAUGGUAUAGAGGAUACAGUGGAGCUCCAGGAGCGUAUACAGAAUGGUCUUAAGUCUUUACUAGAACAAUUAAAAGAUGUCUUUAGUAAAUGUAAAGGUGACCUCUUAGAAGUUAAAGGUGGUAGCUUGAAAACACAUCCUACACUUCUAGAAAAUCUAGUCUUCUUUGUUGAGACUAUUUCUAUCAUCCUUUGGGUGUCUAGUUACUGUGAGAGUGUCCUGCGACCAUACAAAUUAAGUUUACAGAAAAAGAAAAAGAAGAAAAAAGAAACCAGCAUUAUCAUGCCACCUGUCUUUACCAGUUUCCAGGACUAUGUUACCGGGCUUCAGACUUUAAUUUCCAAUGUUGUUGAUCAUAUUAAAGGGCUUGAGUCACAUCUAAUUGCACUUAAACUUGAAGAACUUAUUUUAGAAGACAUGUCUCUCUCACUGGAAGAGAGAAAAUUUUCAAAGACUGUGCAAGGAAAGGUGCAGAGCAGUUACUUGCACUCACUCCUGGAAAUGGGGGAGCUGCUUAAGAAAAGACUGGAGACCACCAAGAAACUAAGAAUCUAAGGAAACACAAACCAUGGCACUGAUGACUCUACAACAGAAAGUGACACCAUCUUCCCAGGCAAAGCAACAUCUGGUUGACCAUCAUUUUAAUCCAGAACUUCCUCAUAAAAUGCAUGAAGGACUUUGAUCAUUAAUUAAUUUUUUUAGGUAUUAAAUGUAUACAACUAAAUUAUUGUAUAUAAACCAGAAGCAGGACCCUCAUCUGGGUCUUACCACUUUUAUACAUGUUCAUAUGCAUAUGGCAGCAACAAGAGAACCCCCCUUCCCUUCUAUCACCAGAAACACCUUGGCGGGGGGGGGGGUGGUCUAUAAAAGAAGCAAUAGAAAUUAAACAUAAAGCAUUGACCUCAGAGUAGCUAAAUGGCCCUCCUGUUAUAGCAGUGGGAGUUUUGGUCUGGUCCCUGAGCCUUAGGAAGCAGAAAACAAGGGUAGAGGGUGACAUGACCGAGAGGAGGCCCUGUUUCCCCAGCAGCAAGUUCAUGUAGGAGCUUCCUGUGCAGAACCUGAGGGAGGUAUACAGAAGGCCUCCUCUAAGGUUUGGGGUAGCCAGCUGCCACUGGAGGGCACCACUCAGCUUUUGGUUGGCUUAAUGGCUCUUCUAGCCGGGGCACCCCCAUACUAGCCACUGUGAGGGGUAGGUCUCAGAUAGGAGGCAAGGAAGGCUCUCUUCAUGGACAGGUGUUUCACAGGGAUGUGGUGCAGACCGCUUAGUCUGCUAAGGACCAGCUUGCUAUCUUCCAUCUGUUUGGAAAGAUGGGAAUCACUGUUUUGGAGAAGAGAGGGGUACAUAAUUUAUGCAAGCAGGUUUGAUACUACUUCAUUGGUUUUGUGACUCAUACAUACAUACAUACAUACAUACACACACACAUAUGUAUGUAUAUGUCUAUAUAUGCUUGAAAAUUAAGAUUCCUUUAGUGGUUUUAAGUGGGGGAUUUGAGAAGAAAGGAAUGAAUGUUAGAGAUUCAGUUUGGGUUUUAAGUUUUAGGCUGGCAAAAGAAAUGUUAUCCAGUGGACUUCUUGUUCAGUCGACUUCCUUCAGACUUGAGAAUUAUACCAGGAUGUGUUUACUGUGUUCACCUGCAGGUCCCAGGACCAUACAUACCUUCAAAUUGCGGUGGUCUGAUAGAAGACAUAAAAAUUGCUCUUUAAAAUUUUUUACAAUUUAUACUAUUUCUUUGGUAACUUUUUUUGGUGUUUGAGUUCCUGUUUCUGUUUCUGGGCUUUGUUACCUAAAUACAGUUAAAGUUAGUAAUUGUGUAAGAGCGAAGAAAUGAAUUUGAUGAGGAAAUUCAAGCAUCCGACAAAGGAUUGAUCUUGACCUUACAGGUCCUGUCCAGUGCACUGCUCCAGUGAAAUGUGAUACCUUUUCUUUUCAAAGCAACCCAAAGAGAGCUGAGAAUAUCUGUGUAUGCAAAGCAAUUGCAUUUUGAUCCCUCAUUUUGACUUAGAAUCACAUUUUGAUAUGGUGAUUAAUAACUGUUGAAAUGUCCAAGGAAAUUUUAAAAAAUUACUCUAUUACCUGUUUGAGCUAAGACUUAGUGGAAAUCCUAGUCCAUUAAGUAAUUUGAGAAAUUACUUUUGGUAUAAAUUGGUAGCACAGCUGUAACAUACUGUAUUCCAAAGAACUGUCUUGACAAGAUGAAUUGAACAUUUGAUUCUGAAUCUUAUUUAAUGACAAAAUAUUAUUAUUUCAUAAAACUGUGGCCUGUUUUAGUUGGAACUUUGUAUGUGUGUGUAUGAGGGGGGUUAGUAUGUGUGUAUGGCAUGUGCUCUUAACAUGAUGCUCUGAAUAUCUAAAAAAGUACUGUACAUAGAAAUAGAUAGGCUCUUUGAAACAAGGCUAUCGACUGACCGUGAUCAAUCUGGCAUAUGAAUGCACAGCUGGCUGGCCCUGGUCCUCAGGGUCAGUGCGUGACUCUAGUGGGCUACCUAACCAGUCUCCUUCUAAGGGUAUCUGGGACCUCUACUGGAUUAAUGACAAAUAAUGUUAUGUUGAGGUUAUGCUUUCUUUGUUACUUGCUAAUUUUCCUACCUAACGUAGCAAACAUUUAAAUCAGAUCCAGCUCUCACAUUUUGAGAUAACUGUAAAAAGAGUGAAAUUAUGCAGAAAUGGCCAAUACCUUUUAUUGAUUUUUGCAAGCUGUCAGGCACCAUAAAUUGUGUACAGCUUUUAUAUAUAUAUAUAUGUAUAUACAUAUACAUAUAUAUAGGUGUGUGUGUAUAAUAUAUAUAUAUAUUCUUAAAAGAGUAAAAAGCACCCAUUCCCAGCAAUCAUAUGUCAUUGGUAUUUGAAGAGAAUUCCUAAACCAUUGCUGCUGCUGCUGCUGCUGCUGUUUUUGGUUUGUAUAGUUUUUUGUUUUGUUUGUGUGAUAAAUUGAUAUUUAAAAAAAAAGCAAAGGAGAAAAAAACUCGACUACUGUUUACAAACUGCAAAAUUAUUGCUUUUUAUACUACUGAGAUCAUAAGAUUCUCCAAAGCAAACAUUUGGGUAAAUCAUUUAUUUGAUGUGGAUAAAAAGUAGAGAAAUUUUUAGUGUUUUCCACAUAAUGGAAAAUGUACAAAUGCUUAGUUGUG